CCUCUAUGACGAGAAACGGGUUCUAUGGCGUUCGGUUUAUUCUCUAUUUUCUUUCUAUUAAUUCGACGUCCUUGCGAACGGGUGAUUAAUGCAUGACUUUCAUGCCGGCGUAUCAUCUCUUUUCAGCACAUUUUGUGCAACAUCAUCGUAUCGUCGUCUCUUCGUUUCUACUACAUUUCCUUAUCAGUACUAGGAUCGGCAAAAAGGGGGGGAAACAGAGAAAAAGAAAAGCAAUGGAUGGAUGGUUUGCGAUUUUAUCCAUAGGAGCCGAGAUAUACCACGCUCUCUCAUCUGACGGGCGAUAUAUACGUGGUAACAACCUUAACCUAAGGGUUUAUGGGCAUGAGAGGGCAUCUGGACAGAUUAGGGGGGCAAAACAAAGACAAUUAUGCCGUCACUCCUUUAUCUUCACCAACAUUUCGAUAUAUUUACUAGUACAUUUGCGAUGGUUUUCAUUUCAUCUGGUUUUCCGGCUCUGAUUUGCAGGCUUGCCCUCAUACAACACGAGAGGCCGUUUUUCUCGCUUUGCGAUGAAUUUUCAAGAACUGAUCUGCGAAUGAAUUAGA